UCAUCAAGUGAAUAUCAAUUACAUAAAUUGGAUAGGAGGUUUGUCUAUUAUGGUUAUAGUAAACGAUAAAACCUACGUACGAUAUGACAUAACUACAUUUUCUGAACGAACCGUUAAUAUACGACGAUUUCCAAUUUCUUUUUCAAGAUCUUUGGUUAAUGUCGUUGGAUGGUCAUUGAUGUUAUCCAAAUGUUUGUCAUUUAAUUUGAAAAGAGAUACUAUAUUAUCGUUAUUGGUCAAAAUGGAAAGAGGAAAGAUGGCUGACCAUUGGUUAGCCAGACGAGAAAUGGCAACGAAAUUUCUCACAGUUGGUUAUCUUAUAUUAACUAUCACUUAUAUAAUAUCACCGUUGUAUCUGUCAGGAAGGAAUUUACCUUUUCAAGGAAAUUUUCCAUCGAUUUUCUUUCAAAAUCCUUGGUAUCAGCUGAUAUAUGUCAGUGAGAUUAUAUUGACCUUAUUAGCGGUCACGAAUACAUUGGCAUGCGACGUUGUAUUAAUACUCUUCGUCUGUCAGCUAUGCAACGACUUGCAUAGAACAGCCAUCUUGUUGCAACAAUAUGGAGACGAUGAAUGCAGCCUGAGGGAUGUCAUUAACCAGCACAUCUCGUCUCUAAAUUAUGGAGAGACAGUAUGCCGAGCGUUGUCAGUUAUGGUAUUCAGUCAGAAUUGCAUCUGCUCGAUGACGAUCUGUUUGGCCUUCUAUAUAAUCUUUACCGUAGAGAACAGAUUGAGCUUGUUGAAAAUGAGCGUUGUAUUGUUGUCAAUGAUCCCAUUGCUAUUCAUCAAUUGUUAUGGCGGAGAAAUGAUUUAUAGUGCAAGCUUAAGCGUUAACAGGGCUAUCGAUGCCAAUUGUUGGAAAUCUGGUAAUAUUAAAGUAAGCAAAGAUGGUGCUUUCGUCGUACAAAGGGCUCAAAAACCAAUCCAAAUGGCUGUUGGUACAUUUGCCGUUAUCAAUCUCAAAUUCUUUUGCGAUUCCAUUUAUAAUGCAAUUACUUAUGCUAUGAUAUUGAAAACUAUAAGUUAAUGUCGUCAGAUAAAUUUUCUUUUUUGUGCUUUAUCUGUAACAAUACGAUCACGAAUUUGACUUUUCAAUUGUUAUUUAAUCCUUUUUAGA